UGUAAGGGAGCCAGAGCCCGGAGGCGCCUCUUUUCAUCCUCUCCAGGAAAAAUUCCCUCCCUGGUGCUCCACUAGCCUCCGGCGAACUGCCGGUAGCGGAAACGCCGGCCGAGAUGUCUGCUUCCUCCUUCCCACCCCGCACGGUGAUCUGUGUGGGCGACGUCCACGGCUACGUCACGAAGCUGGAGAGCCUCUGGUCCAACCUCGAGGCCGCGCUCCCCGCCGACGCCUUCGCCACCGCGCUGGUCAUCUUCCUCGGCGACUACAACGACCGCGGCCCGGACACCCGCAGGGUCCUCGACUUCCUCCUCGAGCUCCCAACGCGCCACCCCGGGCAGCGCCACGUCUUCCUCUGCGGCAACCACGACCUCGCCUUCGCGGCGUUCGUCGGGGCGCUGCCGCCGCCGCCCGACGGCUCCCCGUUCUCGGCCACCUGGGACGAGUACAUCCACAACGAGGAGCACGAGGGGUGGUUCCGCGGGCCGGGAUACGAGGACAUGCACGUGCAGGGGAGGCGCUGGGGCGGGGUCAUCAAGGAGAGGUGGAACCCCAAGAAAGGGCUGCCGUACAAGGGCUCCAUCUAUGACGCGCAGCCAACCUUCGAAUCCUACGGCGUCGCCCAUGGUUCACCUGAUCUCGCAAAGGCUGUGCCAGAGGAGCACAAGAGGUUUCUGCAUGACUUGGUUUGGAUACAUGAAGAGGAAAAUGUGCCAAUUGAUACGGAUGAAGGACAAAUCAUCUGCAAUCUGAUUGCCGUCCAUGCUGGCCUAGAGAGGACCAUAGAUUUGAAUGAGCAACUUAGAGUUUUGAGAACCAGAGACACAAGGGUGCCAAAGGUUCAAAUGCUUAGUGGGCGGCAAGAUGUUUGGAACACACCCAAGGAUCUGACUGGCAAGCAAACUAUCAUUGUAAGUGGCCACCACGGGAAGCUCCACAUCGACGGCCUCCGAUUCAUAAUCGAUGAAGGUGGUGGUUAUGCAGACAAACCUAUUGCUGCAAUUGUGUUUCCUUCAAAGACAUUGAUCAGAAGUUCCGAGGCACAUUGAACACGGUGGUGCAGUUUUUUUUCCUUGUAAUUACUGCCUGUACUCAUGUAUCAUAUGUCAAACAACAAUAAGAACAACUCGAAAGGAAAUAAGUUGGUGAACCAGACCUGCGGCUUAACAUGUCUAGUCAUUAGUGUGAAGUGUAACUAUUUGAAACUGUGGAAAUGAAAUAAGUUGGAUGAGAGACUGUACAUCCUCUUUUUCAAGGCAAUAAACUGUACAUCCUUUUCAAGUGUGAAGUGUAACUAUUUGAAUCUC